AUGGAUUCUUAUUCAUUUUCUUUCCACUCAAAGUUUGUUGAACUACUUAGUCAACAAACUCUUUCCUUUGGUAAGAAUGAAGAUAGUGUUGAACUAUCUUCAUCACAAGUUCCAUUUCAAGGCAGUCUAGGAACCGAAGCUUCAAACUAUGACGGAGACAUUGCUGCAGAGCGUAGAAAACAACAGAAAUGGACACCAACGGAUGACGUUGUCCUGAUCAGUUCGUGGUUAAACACGAGCAAUGAUCCGGUGGUUGGCAACGAGCAAAAAUCCUCCGGUUUUUGGAAAAGGAUUGCUGCCUACUUCGCUGCAACUGCUACUAGAGAGAAAACAAGCGGCCAGAAUGAGACUGGUGUUCUCAAGCUUGUUCAUCAAAUAUUCUACAACUACAAGAAGAGAUUUACUCUUGAACACACUUGGAAGGAACUGCGACAUGACCAGAAGUGGUGCGACCUUGCUACUGGUAAAAACGAAGGGAGCUCAAAGAAGAGGAAGUGUGAGGACGGUGCAGAUUCCUCUAGCUCUCAAGCAACUUGCUCCGAGCGUCCCCCGGGUGUGAAGGCCGCAAAGAUGAGUGCUAAGAAGCCGGUGGUAGACGAGAAUACUAUGAAUGAGUUUCAGAAAAUGUGGACAAUCAAACAGUCACAGGUUGCUUUGGACAGAGACAAUGUGAGGUUUGGUCACGGGUUGGUUUGGACAGAGACAAUGUGA